AUGGGGGACUUUGCAACCCCCGCUGCCGCGAACGGCAGUAACAUUUGCAUCAACAACAAUGCCAUGAAUCCGGGUGGAAACCCCAACAACGUGGGCAUUCCCAAACACAGCACGGUAGUGGAGAGGCUACGGCAGAGGAUAGAGGGYUGCAGGCGGCACCAUGUCAACUGUGAGAACCGUUACCAGCAAGCCCACGCCGAGCAGCUAGAGAUAGAACGGAGGGAGACGGUGAGUCUCUACCAGCGSAGCUUGGAGCAGAGGGCGAAGAAAUCCGCCAACAGUAAGCAUCAGAGUAAACAGCAAGACCCCGAAUCAGCGUCUUCGACGGAGCAGAGGAACAACACACUUAUAGCGUUUGCCCCUCCCCUCUACAGCCAAGCCGCCCCUUUGGAGAUCAAGCCCCUACCUGAGUGGGAGGAGUCAUCGGCGCGUCGCUCGCCUGUCACCAGGUCUUUUGCUCGGGAUCCCUCCAGGUUCCCCAUGCCCCCGCCUCCCUCGGUGCAUAGCACCGCCUCCAGCACCGACUCCGAGGACUGUGAUGAGAAUUAUGUAGCCAUGGUCUCUAAGGCAGACGAACUAAACAUGAAGCUGGGUGCGUCCAUGACGGCGGACGGGGGAGCGCCCAAUGUGAAGCCCAAGGGAGACAAGCAGGUGGAGUACCUGGACCUAGUGGACCCCGGCAAGUCUACCCCACCACGGAAGAAGAAGAGUAAUGGGAUUGGUCUGCGGUGUCAGAUGAGGGUGGACUACGUGGUGGUGGACCAGCAGCGGACGCAGGCCCUCAAGAGCACCCGGGGCUGGAACGACGGACGCCAGUCCACAGAGACAGACACCUCCACCAAAGGGCCCAAGUGACCCCCAGCUCACCCAGCUACAGCCCCACGCUGCUGGGCCGCAGACAUUACUCCAAGCCAGGCUCGGGCCCCGGCCUUCACCUCCUCCACUUCCUCCAGACUCCAGUGCAG